AUGAGUAUUGUUGUGGAGGAAGAGGAAUUAUGGAGCGAAAUGAGCGACAAACAGCACAAAGGCAAAGGAUAUGGAGUCAUAGAGGGAGAAUUUACACAAUGGAGAAGAGAAGUGUUGGACCGUAUAGAGGAGUUAGUUUCAAUGGCAGAUACAGGAAGAGGAGGAGUUCAAAGGGCACUCAAGGAUUACUCAAGACCUACUAUUGAGGGAUGUGCUUCUAGUAUUAGGAGACCACCGAUUCAAGCAAAUACCUUCGAGAUAAAGCCAGAAAUUAUUCAAUUGAUACAACAUUCGGGAAGUAUUACUACAUGGAAUGAGUUAGCUCAAGCAUUCCUUACGAAAUUUUUCCCACCUGUCAAGUUUGCUAAGAUGAGGAGUGACAUCACUAAUUUUUUCCAGCAAGAUAUGGAGUCACUCUAUGAAGUUUGGGAGAGAUAUAAGGAUCUCUUACGUAGCUGUCCUCACCAUGGGCUGCUAAUAUCGUCACAAGUACAGACGUUUUACAAUGGGUUGCUGCCAAAUAUACAAGUGAUGAUUGAUGCUGCAAGUGGAGGAGCUCCGAAUAAUAAAACACUAGAGAAAGCCUAUAAAUUGAUUGAGGUGAUGGCUAGCAACAAUUACAUGAGACCUUUGGAAAGGAAUGUUCCUAGGAGAGUAGCGGAAGUGCAUGAAGUCGAUGGCUACACUGCGUUGGCUACUCAACUUUCAGCCAUUCAAAAGCAAUUGGGAGUUGCCCUAAAGGUAAAUGCUAUUAAAACUCAUUCUCUAACAUGUGAAUUUUGUGUAGGAAAUCAUUUAUCUAGAGAUUGCCAAGAAGGAAGUCUGUUUGCUCAACCCGAACAAGUGCAUUAUGUCAACAAUUUUCAAAAAGGGCAAGGGAAUCCAUACUUAAGCACAUAUACUCCAGCAUGGGAAAAUCAUCCAAAUUGUUCUUGGAGUAACAACAAUUAUCCUAAGCCACCUCCUAGUGUUCAAGUUCAAGAGGCGAAAUCAAAUUUGGAGGAUGUGCUUAUAAAGUUUAUGGAGGAAUCGGGUAAAAGAUUUGACAAGAAUGAAGCUCAACUUCAGAAAUAUGAAGUCUUGUUGCAAAAUCAAUCUGCAUCCAUAAGGAACCUUGAAACUCAAAUGGGACAAAUUCAUAGUAUCUUAGUGGGAAGAGUUCAAGGAAUGCUUUCGAGUGAUAUCAAGAAGAAUCCAAAGGAGCAACUCAAUGCCAUCAUGUUGAGAAGUGGCAAGGAGCUAAAAGAAUCAAGAAAACUGAGGAAAAAGCUAAAGAUAUGA